CGCUGUCGGACAACAACAAAGGAGCUGCCAGCGAGGAGCUCCGUGCUCGUGCAGUAAGUCACUCGCCAGCGCUGAGAGAACAUUUUAGGUGGGUCAAAAGCUUUUCGAUCCUCAGGUGGUCAGCGAGCAGCGCGCGGGAGCUGGAUCUUGGUUUCGGAUGCCUGGCUUUUAUCGGCGAGAAUGAAUACUGUAUUUUUCAUUUUUUAUCUGGUCAUUCUAGCGGGUGCUGCCUGGGGCUCUUCGGAUGAAACCCGCUUGGUCAAAACCCUCUUCACCGGUUACAAUAAAGUGGUCCGUCCUGUCAAUCACUUCAAGGAGGCGGUGGUUGUCACUGUGGGCCUUCAGCUCAUCCAGCUCAUCAGUGUGGAUGAGGUCAACCAGAUCGUCAGCAGCAACGUGCGACUCAAACAGCAAUGGAAAGAUGUGAACUUGCAAUGGAAGCCAGAGGAUUACAACGGCAUCAAAAAGAUCAGGGUUCCCUCUACUGACAUUUGGCGGCCUGAUCUGGUUCUCUACAACAAUGCCGACGGAGACUUUGCCAUCGUCCACGAGACCAAAGUGCUUCUGGAGCACACGGGAAUGAUCACGUGGAACCCGCCGGCCAUCUUCAAGAGCUACUGUGAAAUCAUCGUGCUGCAUUUCCCCUUUGACCUCCAGAACUGCAGCAUGAAGCUGGGCACCUGGACCUACGAUGGAAACCUGGUUGUGGUCAACCCUGACAGUGACCGCCCGGAUCUGAGUAACUUCAUGGAGAGCGGGGAGUGGGUAAUGAAGGAUUUCCGCGGCUGGAAGCACUGGGUGUACUACGCCUGCUGCCCAGAUACACCUUACCUGGACAUCACCUACCACUUCCUCAUGCUGCGACUCCCGCUGUACUUCAUCGUCAACGUGAUCAUCCCCUGCAUGCUCUUCUCCUUCCUGACUGGUCUUGUCUUCUACCUCCCCACGGACUCUGGUGAGAAGAUGACUCUCAGCAUCUCCGUCCUCUUGUCUCUGACUGUGUUCCUGCUGGUCAUUGUUGAGCUGAUCCCCUCGACCUCCAGCGCCGUACCGCUCAUCGGGAAGUACAUGCUCUUCACCAUGGUUUUUGUCAUUGCCUCUAUCAUCAUCACCGUGAUCGUGAUCAACACCCACCACCGCUCCCCGAGCACUCACACAAUGCCCGACUGGGUCCGCACGGUUUUUAUUGAAACCAUUCCCAACAUCAUGUUCUUCUCAACAAUGAAACGCCCAGGAAAAGAAAAGCAGGCUAAAUCUAGUAUUUAUGGUGCUGAUUUUGACAUCUCGGACAUCUCUGGCAACCAGACAACUUCUAUUACCUACCAGUCGCCCAUCACCAAGAACCCCGAUGUUCGCAGUGCCAUUGAAGGAGUCAAGUACAUCGCAGAAACCAUGAAAUCCGAUGAGGAGUCCAAUAAUGCUGCUGAAGAGUGGAAGUUUGUGGCCAUGGUGUUGGAUCAUAUUCUGCUGUGUGUGUUCAUGGCCGUGUGUCUCAUCGGGACAUUAGGAGUGUUCGCAGGCCGUCUCAUUGAGCUCAGCAUGCUGUAAAGGCUCAAUGUGAAACUCCCAAACUUUGUUUUUAAAUGUACUGUAUGUUGCCCCGCAGCAUCCCCAAUUCAUGUAAAAAUCUCUGUUUCAAAGCGUUUCAGAUCACAGCAUCUUCACUAGAUUUUAUGAUAAAACUGGGUUAUGUUUCUUCUUUAUGUGAACAUUAUGUGUGCACUUUAAAUGUUGAAUUCAUUCAAAGAAAACCUUUGCAAUAUUUUUUGGACGAGUUUUUAGGGAACAACUGUACAAAAGGUGUGUUGUCAGAUUUUAAGGUAAUCUGUACAAUAAAAGACAUAUUAACUCAAAAAUGCAGAUAUUUCUGUUU